AGCACACACCAGACCCCUUCUGAAAAACUCUCCCACAGCCUCAUCCACUGUUGAGUGCUAACUACACACUAAGGAUAAUGUUACCCUGUUCAAACUUUGCCUUUUUCCUCUGUCUCCUGCAAGUCCUCUGCAUCACUGCCGACAUAGACAGUGGCUCCUUCCUGAUCUUCAAUGAGAACCACAACAAGUGCAUACGGGUGGAGAGUGCCAGCUCAGUAACAGUGGCCAUGUGUGAUCCUCGAGCCAAAGAGCAGCAGUUUCGUUGGGCCUCUGAAUCACGCAUCCUCAGUUUGUCUCUCAAGCUCUGUCUGGGGGCUACAGAGAUUCAAGACUGGGUGAAGGUGGCUCUCUAUGAAUGUGAUGAGAGUAAUAUCCUUCAACAUUGGCAGUGCAAGAAUGAGACCCUCUUUGGCCUUAAAGACCAGGACCUGCAUCUGAACUGGGGAAACCGCAACGAGAGGAGCGUAAUGAUCUACAAAGGUUCGGGGCUCUGGAGCCGCUGGAGGAUAUUUGGCACUCAAGGUGACCUUUGCUCAAAGGGAUUUCAAGAGGUUUUCACAAUUGCGGGCAAUAGCUUUGGAGGCCCGUGCAAGUUUCCAUUUAAGUUUUUGGAUAAGUGGUAUGCUGAAUGCACAAAGGACGGCCGCUCAGACGGACUGCUGUGGUGUGCUACAGAGACAGAUUACGAUAAAGAGAAGAAAUGGGGCUUCUGUCCCACCAAAGAGUCCUCAGGCUGGGACACUGACCCAGUCACUGGGGUUCAGUAUCAGAGGAACCCAAUGUCUGUGUUGACCUGGCAUCAAGCCAGGAAGAGCUGCCAGCAGCAGGGAGCCGACCUCCUCAGCAUUGUAGAACUACACGAACAGUCGUAUAUUUCAGGGUUGACAAGUUCUUUGGGAACUGCUCUGUGGAUUGGACUGAACAGCUUGGAUUUUGAAAACGGAUGGCAGUGGAGCAAUGGAAACCCAUUCAGAUAUUUAAACUGGGGCCCAGGUCAUCCCUCAUCCGAGCCGGGGCUUUCCUGUGCGACACUAAAUGCUGGAAAAGCCUCAAAAUGGGAGAGCAUGGCGUGCACCAAGAAACUUGGUUACAUUUGUCGUAAAGGAAACUCUACAAGUCUGCCUCCAGUCCUAGACAAGCACCAGCCAAGCUUCUGUCCCAGUCACUGGGUUCCCUAUGCAGGAAACUGUUACCACCUGGAGAGAAGUAAAAAGAUGUGGAAAGACGCGUUGGCUGCAUGUCACAAAGAGGGAGGAGACCUGGCGAGCAUACACAAUAUAGAAGAGCAGAGCUUCAUAAUAUCUCAAUCAGGAUACUUGCCCACAGACGAGCUCUGGAUUGGCCUGAAUGAUCAGAUGAACCAGCUGCUGUUUGAAUGGUCUGAUCGCUCACAUGUCACCUUCACUCAGUGGCUGGCUGGUGAGCCAUCUCAUGCCACCAACCACCACGAAGACUGUGUUCUCAUGAAAGGAAAGGCUGGCAGGUGGGCUGACCAUGUGUGUGAGAAGACUUAUGGCUACAUCUGUAAGAUGAAGGCGUCAACUGAACCAGCUGGGGGUGUCCAGGAGGAAGUAAACCCAGGAUGCAAACGUGGUUCGAUCAGGUUUGGCUCUUUUUGUUACAACAUUGGAUUGAAGGCAAAAGCUUUUGAAGAGGCAAAGCAGGCAUGCUCAGAGACUGGCUCUUACCUAGUGGAUAUACCUGACAGAUAUGAGAAUGCCUUCUUGGUUAGUUUGGUGGGUUUGAGACCAGAGAAGUACUUUUGGAUAGGUCUUUCUAACACAGAGGAUAUACACACGUUCAAGUGGACCACCAGAAGAAAAGUGUCUUUCACUCAUUUCAACGUUGGCAUGCCAGACAGACAUAAAGGAUGUGUUGCUAUGACAACUGGACUUUUUGCUGGCUUAUGGGAUGUUGUCAGCUGCAACAACAAGGAGAAGUAUAUCUGCAGGAAACCAGCAGAAGGUGUACUGGUGACAACAGUUCCACCCACCACCCCAGCCCUGAGCUGUGAGCCCGGGUGGACCCCUGUUCCUGACAGGAACGUGUGUUAUAAACUUUACAAAAAGAUAAACAGCCUAAAGAAGACUUGGCAUGAGGCAGAAGACUUCUGCAAGGCCAUUGGAGGAAACCUGAUGAGCAUACACAGCGAGAAAGACCUGGACAACGCUCCGUUUCAUUUAUCUGACCCAUCCUGGAUUGGCUUCAGCCUUGGUACCAAUGAAGGUUUUGUCUGGAGUGAUGGAUCAGCUUCCAGCUACGAGAACUGGGCCUAUGGGGAACCAAACAACCACAAUGACAAUGAACACUGUGCAGAGGUCUUUAUGUACUAUGGACGCUUCUGGAAUGAUCGCAUUUGUGAGGGCUACAAUAAUUGGAUAUGCCAGAUUAAAAAAGGUGUGACUCCCAAACCUGAGCCGACGGUUGCUGAAACAGUUUGGAACACCACUGAAGAUGGCUGGCUCAUAAACAAUGACACACAGUACUUCAUCAACAACGAAGAACUGAAUAUGGAAACUGCCAGAGCCUUCUGCAAAAAAAACUUUGGUGAACUGGCAGUUAUCACCGGGGAGAGUGAGAGGAAGUACCUUUGGAAAAAGAUUAUCAAAGGUUCAUGGGGUCAGUACUACAUUGGCAUGACAGUAAACCUGGAUAAGUCAUUUAGCUGGCUGGAUGGCACACCUGUAACAUACACAGCCUGGGAAAAGAAUGAGCCUAACUUUGCUAAUAAUGAUGAAAACUGUGUGACAAUUUACAAGGGAAUGGGGUACUGGAAUGAUAUUAACUGUGGUUUGGAGCUGCCCUCUAUUUGCAAAAGAAGCAGUAGUUUUAUUAAUACAACAGUAGCCCCGACCAUGGCUCCAAAGGGAGGAUGUGCCCCAGAGUGGAUAUCUUUCAGAGGGAAGUGCUACAAAAUAGUUGUUGGAAAUGACAAGAAGAACUGGCAGGAUGCUCGGGCGUACUGCUUAAACCAGGGUGGAAAUCUGGCUUCAGUUCGAAAUGAGAACGAGCAAGCAUUCCUAACAACACAGAUGCUGAGAUACAAUGAAGAUAUGUGGAUCGGCAUGAAUGAUGUCAACUGGGAGAUGCACUUUGUGUGGACGGACGGCAAAGGCAUUUCAUACACAAACUGGGCAAAAGGGCAUCCUACGAGAACGCCGAAUGGACGUUAUGACUCAAUGGAUGAGGUGUUUGACUGUGUGAUAAUGGUGGGCAGUGCCUCCAGAGAAACUGGGCAUUGGAAAGUCGAGGAGUGUUACUCAAAAUUCGGCUUCAUCUGUAAACGAAAUGUUGAUUCUCAGAUUGCAGACCCCGCCACGACUGUGUUACCAAAGGCUUUCUACAAACUGGGCAAUGACUCAUAUAAAGUGGUGGCCCAGAAGAUGAGAUGGGACGAGGCGAGGAGGCAGUGCCAAGCAGACGAUGCAGAUCUCGCCAGUAUCCUAAACCCCAUAACUCAGGCAUACAUCACAUUGCAUAUUUCCAAGCUCAAAGAGCCUGUGUGGAUUGGCCUCAACAACAAUGUGACCAAUGGGCGGUUCAAGUGGGUUGAUAACUGGCUCCUGUCAUAUACCAGAUGGGGCAUAGACGAGCCCAAAAACAACUAUGCUUGUGUGUAUAUGGAUGUGGACGGAAAAUGGAAGACUUCAGCGUGUACCAAUACUUACUAUUCGAUUUGCAAGAGGUCACAAGACAUCGCACCCACUGAGCCCCCACAACUACCCGGCAAAUGUCCAGAACCACAAGGACGAACAGCCUGGAUACCUUUCAGAGGCCACUGUUACGCCUUCCUCAGCUAUUACGAUGGCAAUUGGCCCUCUGCCUCAGUCGAAUGUCUGAAAAAUGAGGCUGCUCUGGUAAGUAUUGAGGACCCUCAAGAGGCUCUGUUCAUACAGCAGAACCUAAACCUUCUACAGGACAGUGUCAAGUCAUUCUGGAUCGGCCUCUACAAGACUCAUGAAGGUGAGUGGAGGUGGUUCGAUAACAAUGUUGUGGACUACACAAACUGGAUGAACGAAAAGCAGCAGUCAGACUCAUGUGUGGAGAUCCUUUCUGAAAGUGGACAGUGGAAUACAAACAGAUGCUACAGAAGUAAAUCUUGCAUCUGCAAAAGGGCCAAAGUUAUUCCCCCAACAGAAAAGCCACCAUCUGUUGCUCAUGUCGUGAAAGAAGCCUCACACGGGUCUGCAGGCAUCACUGUGGCUGUCGUACUAGUUGUAAUAGCCGUAGUUGGACUUGGUGCCUUUCUUUUCCGCAAACGGAUACCCACCCCUGUCUUGGGAGAAAGCACCUUCGACAAUAAAUUAUACUUCACCAAUCCAAUCCGAGCCCCUGUAGACACAAAGGGUCUCGUGGUAAAUAUAGAGCAGAAUGAGCAAGCAUAGACAACAUGGGAACAAAGGCAGUGACUGUAAAAUCCACAAGUGACUGUUUCUUGGUUUUCUACUUUAUUUUUGAUCACGUCACUGAGAACUUAAUUUCAAUAAAAACCUGUACUGUCUUUCAAUUCAAAUACUUUUCCAUACAAGCACUGGCAUUGAACUAAAUUAAUUAGGGACAUGAAGGUGUAAUCUAUAACAGUUUCCAUAAGAUUAUUAUUUCAUUUGUGAAAUGUGUACAGAUUUUGAUUAUUGCAACCAAUCAGGUUCUUCUUUGGAGAAUGUUUAAGAUCAAGCUUCAGAUGUUUUAUCAAUGCAAGUAAGCAAGACAUUUCUCAACUGGGUUAUUGUUUUGUGAGCAUUCUACGAGGGCUGUUCAUUAACUUCUUUCAUGCUUACAGAAUUGUGAAUAGAUACUUAUUAAAUAAAUGGGAAAAAACUGA